CUAAAACCCAUCUUCUCUCACUUCAUUUCACUUCCAUCUUCAUAUAAACGCCCUUACGACGCCGCUUCUCCCCGGAAAAGAGAAUCUAGGGUUUCUGCAAACUGAUCUGCAAUGGGCAAGGGAACAGGGAGUUUCGGAAAGAGGAGGAACAAGACACACACACUGUGUGUGAGGUGCGGCCGCCGCAGCUUUCACCUCCAGAAGAGCCGCUGCUCCGCCUGCGCGUACCCCGCUGCUCGCAAGAGGACAUACAACUGGAGUGUGAAGGCAAUUCGCCGAAAGACUACUGGAACUGGAAGGAUGAGGUAUCUGCGCAACGUGCCCCGCAGAUUCAAGACCAACUUCAGAGAAGGUACCGAAGCUGCUCCAAGGAAGAAGGCAGCAGUUGCUUCUGCUUAAGUGUUCGUUGGAAGGUUCUUUUUUGGAUGUAUUUCUUUUAUUUUCGUCUUGAGAGCAUUAGUCAACAAUUGAGUUUUCGAAUAGCUAUUGAUUUUGUUUUUGUUAUUUUAAUAUCAUUUUAAUACAUAUGGAUGGAAGACCAUUAAUUACUUGAUGUGCAUUUUCCGGAUUUUCAUUU